GGUGAAAGUCAUGUGUGUUACAGAAGCGUGUGUAUUUAUUUCAAGUGUGUAAAAUAAUCAGUUAAAAAAAAAACAAUGAACCGUUAAAUUCACAACGGAUUUGUACAUCAAGAAUAUAUGGUGUUAGUUUCUUAAUUACAGUGCUGUCUCAUCAUUGAUCAUUUGCUAACUCUAAAUUAUAGAUUGGUGUUGUUAUUAGCUGCAGUACGUGUACUAUGUUCAAACGGGUAGGUAACCUAGUGAUGCAAUAAUUUGAUAAAGUAUACGGUGUUUUUGUUCGCUUAAUCCCUGUAAUCUCACUGUUUAAGUAGUAAGUAGACUCCGAAUUGUCAAAUACGCAUUUCUUUGCAUAAUGGAGCAAGGUCAACAACAGAUGCGAAACUUGCGUGAUUUUCUCCUGGUCUACAACAAGAUGACGGAUAUCUGCUUCAGCCGCUGUGCGAGCAACCUGAAUUAUAGGACUCUCACCAUGGAUGAGGAGAGCUGCCUGGAUAGCUGUGCCGGGAAGCUCAUUCGUUCCAAUCAUCGUCUGAUGGGCGCCUACGUGAAGCUAAUGCCGACCAUCGUGCAGCGUAGAAUGGCUGAGUACGAGAAAAAGGCUGGCGAAUUACCACAGGCUGCAGAGGGUACCCCGCUGCCCGACCCAAAUACCCCACUCCCGAUCCAGCAGAUUAACCUCCAACCUCCAGACACAAACCAACAGGCUCCCGUCACACCUCCAUUGGAAGAUAUUCAAGUGACUGCACCCCCUGGGAGCUGAAAACAGGCAUGAGCGUUCUGCACAACAGGGCAGGACAAGUGGGUCCUGCAGGCCGUGCCGAAGUGACCAUGUAAUCUGGAAUCCACAGUUAGAAAGACAGUGCCUUUAAGUCAGAGGCUGUCUCUGUUUUUCCAAUCCUUUUGUCCCUCUGUUUGUUUGCAGGUUAUGUUAUAAGGUUAUUA